AUCAAGACGCCGAUAUCGAUUGAGUCCAUUGUCAGCCUUGCGCGCCGUCCCACGCUCCAUUUUACAAACCGAGUUUACAAGCCGACGAAGCUCAAUUCAGUUCACAAUGCCUACUCCCGAGUCCGAGCAAUUCAAGGCCCAGAAGCCUACUGUCGCUCCCACCUUUAACGGCGUCGACUACGAUGAUACCAAGGCCUUCAAGGCUGCCGAGGAUGCCCUCAUCCGGGAACAAUGGGUCGGUGCCAUGAUGACCCGACUUGUUGGUGAGGAGCUGAACAAGUGCUACGUUCGUGAGGGUGUCAACCACCUCGAGAACUGCGGCCACCUCCGAGAGCGAUAUCUUCAAUUGCUCAAGUCAAACAAGAUCAAGGGCACUAAGUUCUUGCAACAAAACUACAUCGAUCAGAAGGAACAUGAUCUUGACCUGGCGGCCAAGGUCCACACAAGCGACAAGAUCGCCAAGAUGAACCGUGAUCGAUUCUCUUCGUAAGGGAUAUGAUUUUAAGUCACGGCUUGGGAUGGAAGUGAGCGGGAUUUGGUUAUCUAAACGAGAGGGACCUUUUAGCCUUGAUAUCACAACAUGAUUGUGACCAGCUCGGCUUGCUAUAAAAGGUGUAAUGACCACCUUGGCCUUGUAUGACUGUGUAUAUAUCAGGGAUAAAUGAAAUGAAAAAGAACCCAUAAAGAAA